CUCAGCCUCGAGUGUACUCAACGUCUGCUUGUAGCGCAUUCUCUGGAUCUCUGGUCUUCUGAAAAGAUAGAAACUAGUGAUGCUGUUCUGUCCAAACUGCGCAAAUCUGCUCGUCAUUUCAGCAGAGACAGGCUACAACAAAUGGGCGUGCAAUACAUGCGCGUAUGAGUUUCCUAUAACUAAGCAGAUGACAUCUCGAACAAAGCUCAAGCGAAAAGUCGUGGACGACGUCUUGGGCGGAGAUGAGCAGUGGAAGCACGCCGAUUCUACCACCGCGACAUGUCCAAAAUGCGACAAUGGUCGCGCAUACUUCUAUCAGCUGCAGAUUCGGUCAGCAGAUGAGCCUAUGACCACAUUCUAUCGCUGUACGGCCUGUGCCAACAACUGGCGAGAAAACUAGACUUGCCUUCCAGUGCAAGCCCUGGCCGUCUGCGCUCAAUUUUGCGCAUAUUCGAAGGACAAGCCUCCGCACCCUGGCAAUCUACGCAUGCUAUUACGCUGCGCUCAUGUUAUCGCGCGUCAAGAUCCGACUUUUCGGAUGGAGAACGCGCGUCCCGAGCUGCAAACAAGGACCGCGUGCCCUGAACUACGAGUACGACCGGGGAGAUCAUCUGUAUUUCGUAUAGGCCAACUGUUAUGACGCGUGUACUCAUGCAUUGCCGUUGUAGAUAUAUUCCAGUUACGC